CUGGUUGACAAUGCUCUGUGUUGAAAUGUCAAAAGCGGCGCGCUAAUGUCAGAAUUUUUCGGUUUGCAUUUUGCAUUUUGAUGAAUUGUGUUCAACAUUUGGAGAUUUUGGAAACGAAUCAAAAUGAAGCCAAACAAGGAAAUAUUCAUUGAACAAUUGCCGAAAGUGGAAUUGCAUGCUCAUAUCAAUGGAUCCUUGUCCAAUGAGACACUAUGUAAACUUAGCCAAUUGAAAUAUGGAACGGACGCAAAACACACUGAAAAAUAUCAUCUGCUCACCAAAAUGGAUUUAAUUGAUGCUUUCGAAAAGUUCAAAUAUGCUCACGAACUGACCGACACUCCAGAGGCAGUUGCACUGGCAACUGAGUGCGUUAUCCGUGAUUUCAGUGAUGAUAAUGUGGUUUAUGUUGAACUGAGAUCAACACCACGCUCCACAAUGAAAAUGACCAAAGAUGAGUACAUAAUGGCUGUGAUCGACACAAUCUUGAAAAUGAAGUCACAGUUGCCAUCAAUAUUGGUAAAACUUAUCGUGUCGAUAAACCGCCGUGAAAGUAUCGAAUCAGCUGAAGAGAAUGGCUCCUUGGCCAGUAAAUAUGCCAAAUUACAUCCGAACAUUGUGUGUGGUGUUGAUUUGAGUGGCGAUCCAGCAUCCAAGAAAUUCUCCGAUUUCGAACCCAUUCUCGCUAAGGCCAGGGAGACUGGAUUGAAAUUGGCACUUCACUGUGGCGAAAUUGACGAUCAAGAUGAAAUAAGUGCGAUGCUCAAAUUUGGAAUGCAUCGACUUGGCCAUGGAACAUUUAUCAAAGGUGAAAAUGAGGAAAUUCUACUGAAGAACAAUGAAAUCGCCUUAGAAUGCUGUUUGACGAGCAAUUUAUUGUGUGGUGUGGUGCCAACAUAUUCUGACCAUCAUUUUUGGCGCUUCUAUAAAAAUGGCCAUCCAGUUGUGAUAUGUACGGAUGAUUUUGGUGUGUUUAGCACGAGUUUGUCGAAAGAGCUUCAGAUCGCUAGUGAUACAUUCAACUUGAGUUCCGAUGAUUUGAUAAAAUUGAGUCGCGGUGCCAUCGAUUGUUCAUUUGCAUCCGAUGAUGAGAAACCAAUUGUUCAUGGGAAAAUUGAUUCGUUCGCUAAAGAUGCCAUCGGUUUUUAAAAACUGCUGUGAGGAGAAAUUGCGCUUCAAUGGGAUAAAGUCAAAUACAAAAAAGAAUGAAUGAAUAGUAGAAAACAAAAUGAAAUGAUUGAAAUGCAGUGGAUCUUUUUACAAUUUUUUUUUUCAGUUUCAUCAUUUUUAUUAUAUGAAUUUCUUCAGUAUUUCAGUAUGUCAAUAUUAUAAUUUCAUUAGAAAAAACAUCUUAAAAUUACAUGAAAAUAAAUUCAGGACAUAAUGCAAAUAAAGAUGUUUUUCUUUGUUUGUUUGUUUGUUUGUAAAUGUCUAUAUCUCGUUGAAUCACUGACACAAAGGAGGACGUUCGGAAU